AUGGGUCCUUUCACCUGUAUUGUCCUUCUUUCAUUUCUCUGUGGUACGAUUGUGACAAAAGAACGCAAAAUACUCCAGUUUGGCCAAUGUGAAUUGAGUGGAAUAUCUUUCCGCGAACUAAGGGACUAUUUUGGUGAAAUCAAAGAAACUGUACAAACCCAGGAUAACAGGACUGAUGUGAUACUUCUGAAGGAAAGUGUCCUGCUAGGAAUUCCAGUUUCAGAGAGUUGCUGCUUACUCCGCCACCUGCUGAGAUUUUACAUCGAAAGUGUUUUCAAAGCAACAAGCAACUUGUUAAGAAGGAAAACCAGCCCCUUAGCAAACACCUUUGUUCGCAUUAAGACUACUUUGAGACAGUGUCUUGAUAGCAAUAUAGCAGCAAUCAAAGCUGUGGGAGAGAUGGACAUUCUGUUUGCCUGGAUGAGAGACAUCAACAAUUAA